AUGAUGAUUACUAUUUUAAUUUUGUUUGUACUAAAAUUUGUAGUAUCAGACGUGGUUACACAGAACGUAUUAGGCUACGAAGUUCCAUUACGUGAAAUCAUAUACAGAUUUGAAUUUAAAAAUUUUAGGGACCAUUUUGACGUAAAAACUGGAAUCCCAUUUAAGAGUACAAAAUGCCCAGAUUACGAUAAAAUGCUUAAAGGAUUCCCAAUAAAUAUUGACGGCUUUACAACAUCAAUUCCACAUAUGAAAUUGGAUUCUGAUAACAAGAAAACAUUUUAUGAUUAUAUCAUUGAAAAACUUGAUAGUUCUCUCCCGGAAUUUCUGGACUGCCCUCAAAUUUAUAAAUUCCUUAUCGACAAAAGGGGUGAACCCCUGCCUAAACCUGAACUUGCGCCGAACAUCAAAAGCCUAGAUGAUUUAAAAGAAUAUAUGAAGACAUAUAACAUAGAUCUGUUGUGUAAGUCAAAACUUUACGCUUUCAGUUUACAACGAGCUUUUCAACUAAUUAAUGGUCCUAAACCCAGAUAUAUAAAGGAUAAUAGUUCAAAUCUUUUAGUUCAAGCAAAAAGGAACUAUAUCACAACAUCCUUUAGAGCUUCUAACACUGUUGGUACCAGUGAUAGUAGUGUCAGUGGUGUAAAAAGUGUCUAUGAGUUAGUGAAGGUAUUGAGUAGCGGACAGAAUUUUAAUAAAGAUGAACUUGAUAGAAGGGCAAUUGAACUAAUUUCUGAGGAUAUGAAGCAAAACUCUAUGUUAUUGAUAACAUUGAACGAAUUUGGGUUGGAUCUGCAGAAUAUUUUAGAUAGGCUGAAGGCGCUUGAAAUUACCAAUAACGAACAUAUUUUACUGAGAACUUUAUCGGAAUUACCAUUAACAGAAUAUUUAACAAAUGAGGAGACCUUUUUAAACUUUAUUAAUAAUUCUUUUAAACGUUUUUUUACUAACUCAGCUAGUCAAGUUUAUAAUUCUACUGAUACUGAGCCCACGGUUUACGGCUCAAGAGUUAAUGAUGUGAAAGAAAUCAAAUAUAGGUGUUUGAGUGGGUUGGAGUUUACAAAUUAUAUAUGUUCCUGUUGUAAAUUAGUAUAUAAAGGCGUGAUAGAUUAUAGUUACGUGAAUCAAGUAGAAGAUUGUAUUGGGAGUUUAGACUUGGAUAUGUUUACUAUUCCGCAGAUGGUUGACCUCUGUUAUCACUUGGCUUUGGUAAAAUCAGAGCUUUGCAGGACAGUGUUCAAACGUAUGAAUGAGCUUGAAUUUUUUAACAAGGUUGGUUUGUCCGAGGUUAUUUUGCUUUUUACUAAAUAUAUACACUUCGACGACUCGAACUUCUUUGAAAAGUUGAGUGACAGAAUUACCAAAAGUGGGUUUAGCUCCUUGGACGAAGUUGAAGAUAAUUUAGAACUUAGCUUAAAUGAUUGCAUAAACUUGUUAGUGAUUGUGGGCGUGGGAAGAAGAUACGUACCCCUGAUAGACGUUGUGGUUGAACAUUUGAAGAGAUACGAGUUGAGUUUAGAUGAUGCCAACAAGGUUCUAAUCAACUUGUCGAAGGUGAACUACAAUAACAGAAGUUUUAUCAAAAGACUGUAUAAUUCCUUACUUUCAUCACUUGACGGUGAUAGUAUUUUAGAUCCGUGUGUUUUAUCAAAUCUUUUGAAGAGCUAUUCUAGAUUUAGUCUACUACACGGAUCACACUUGAAUGAAAACUUGUUUCAGGUGUUACUAGUCAUAUUGAUCAAGGAGGAAGUUUUAUCAGAUUUCAAAACCCAUGAUCUAGUGACGGUUUUCAACUCACUGUCCAAACUCAGUAAUAUCCACACAACUGUAUCUGGUAGUCAACCAGCACAAGGAGGCAACAGUGUGGGAAGGUUAACCAUCAGAUAUUGUCUGGGUAUAAUUGGGAAAGAGUUAUUGAAGCGUGAUAUUAACAGUGAUACGUCGUUGAAACUGAUUAUUUCAAGCUCCAAAGUGCCCUAUGAUAACGCUAAAUUCCUCAACUCAUUGCUGGAGAACAUCAACCUUAAGGAUAUAAACAACUUGACACAGUUAUAUAAAUUAAAGAUGAGCGUCGAAAAGUUAUCCUUGUACUAUCCAGAGCUUGGAGAAAGAAUACAGGAGCUGGAGUGUAACAUAGAUGCUAACAUAGAUCAUAGUGGAGAAGAGAAGAGUCCCAGGAACAUCAAUGUGUUUGUUCCAAGAAGUCUACUUUACAGAAUCCCGAGUGUUAAAAAGAGGAAAUGGACCUACUAA